AUGGCGUCGAUGUCGUCGUCGGAUCACGGACCUAAGACAGAGGCGGGUUGCAGCGGAGGAGGAGUUGGAGGAGGAGGAGAGAGCUCGGAGACUGUGGCGGCGAGCGAUCAGAUGUUGUUGUAUAGAGGUUUUAAGAAGGCGAAGAAGGAGAGAGGCUGCACAGCCAAGGAGCGUAUCAGUAAAAUGCCGCCCUGCACCGCCGGCAAAAGGAGUUCCAUAUACCGUGGAGUCACCAGGCAUAGAUGGACAGGUCGGUACGAAGCUCAUCUUUGGGAUAAGAGUACCUGGAACCAAAACCAGAACAAGAAGGGAAAACAAGGAGCAUAUGAUGAUGAAGAGGCUGCUGCUAGAGCUUACGACCUUGCUGCCUUGAAAUAUUGGGGACCUGGGACACUUAUAAACUUUCCGGUGACGGAUUACACCAGGGACUUAGAAGAAAUGCAAAAUCUCUCAAGGGAAGAAUACCUUGCAUCUCUACGUAGAAAAAGCAGCGGUUUCUCAAGGGGAAUAGCGAAAUAUCGUGGACUUCAAAGCCGUUGGGAUGCAUCAACCAGUCGGAUGCCUGGACCUGAAUACUUCAAUAACAUUCAUUAUGGGGCAGGUGAUGAUCGAGGAGCAGAAGGUGACUUUCUUGGUAGCUUUUGUCUGGAAAGAAAGAUUGAUCUAACAGGAUACAUAAAGUGGUGGGGAGUCAACAAAACCCGUCAACCAGAAUCUUCAUCAAAGGCAUCAGAGGAGACAAAGGUAGAAGAUGCCGGUACUGAGCUUAAAACACUGGAACACGCAUCCCAGGCAACAGAACCAUACAAAGCGCCAAACCUUGGUGUCUUUCGUGGCACUCCGAGAAAAGACAAACAAAUAUCAUCACCAUCCUCCACCUCUUCUGCUUUGAGCAUUUUGUCUGCGUCACCUGCUUACAAGAGCCUGGAGGAGAAACUGCUGAAGAUCCAAGAAAGCAGCACUAGAGAAAACGAUGAGAAUGCAAAUCGUAACAUCAUCAAUAUGGAGAAGAGUCAUGGCAAGGAAAUAGAGAAACCGGUGGCGAGUCACGGAGUUCCUCUAGGCGGUGCUGCUUUGUCUCUUCAGAAAAGCAUGUACCCACUUACCUCUCUCUUAACUGCUCCAUUGCUCACCAACUACAAUACAUUGGAUCCCCUCGCAGACCCAAUUCUCUGGACACCGUUUCUUCCCCCAGGAUCAUCUCAUACUUCAGAGGUGACAAAGACAGAGACAAGCUGUUCCACAUACAAUUACCUCCCUCAAGAGAAGUGA